AUGCAUUUGAUGUACUCAAUCGGAACAGAUGGAAAGCGCAUCUACACAUUGAAGAAGCAAACAGAGACAGGAGCAAUGACAAUGAGUGCUCAUCCAGCCCGCUUCUCACCUGACGACAAAUACGCCAGACAUCGUGCCACAAUCAAAAAGAGAUUCGGCAUCUUGCCAACUCAACGACCCGUUAAGCCCAUGUAAGGUGAAACACAUCAACGGACAUCUGAAUUUGCAUUUUGGUCGAAUCUGUAAUCUAUAUUGUACAAUACUUUUCUCUCUCACACGGCAACAAAUUGUCGUAAUUCGAUAUUGGUUGAACGUAUAUUGUACAUUGCGAAGGGGACUAGAUAAUACAGGGGACGGUUGCGGUUUUGUAAGGUUUACAGGAAUCC